CCCAGCGGAGUGCGCAGGCGCGGGAGCCCGGGCAGCUCUCGGGAGCAAGUAGGGAGGAAGCUCGGGCUCUGCUGGGGGAGGAGGAUGAUGACUGCAGCCGCAGCCGCAGGGGAAGGGGCGCACAGCCCCAGCCCCGCCGCGGUGUCUCUCGGCUUGAGCGUGGCGGUGGUUUCCAGCCUGGUGAACGGAUCCACUUUCGUGCUGCAGAAGAAAGGCAUCGUGAGGGCAAAGAGACGAGGUACUUCUUAUUUAACAGACAUAGUUUGGUGGUCUGGAACAAUUGCAAUGGCUCUUGGUCAGAUUGGAAAUUUCUUAGCUUAUACAGCAGUUCCUACUGUGCUGGUCACUCCCCUGGGUGCUCUUGGUGUUCCAUUUGGGUCUAUUUUAGCUUCUUACCUUCUGAAAGAAAAACUGAACAUCUUGGGCAAGUUGGGAUGUUUGCUAAGUUGCGCUGGUUCUGUUGUUCUUAUCAUUCAUUCCCCGAAAUCUGAGAGCGUAACAACUCAGGCUGAGCUGGAAGAGAAACUUACAAAUCCAGUGUUUGUUGGCUACCUGUGCAUAGUGCUCCUCAUGCUGCUGCUUCUCAUCUUUUGGAUAGCACCAGCCCAUGGACCUACCAAUAUCAUGGUGUACAUCAGUAUUUGCUCAUUGUUGGGGAGUUUCACUGUGCCAAGCACUAAAGGAAUUGGGCUAGCUGCUCAAGAUAUCUUUCAUAAUAAUCCUUCAAGUCAAAGAGCCCUAUACCUUUGUCUGGUCCUUUUAGCUGUACUUGGCUGUAGUAUCAUCAUUCAAUUUCGCUAUAUUAAUAAGGCACUCGAGUGCUUUGAUUCAUCUGUAUUUGGUGCCAUCUAUUAUGUCGUAUUCACCACUUUGGUCUUGUUGGCCUCAGCAAUUCUUUUUCGGGAAUGGAGUAAUGUAGGACUGGUAGAUUUCUUGGGAAUGGCAUGUGGAUUCACUACUGUUUCCAUUGGUAUUGUCCUUAUACAAGUCUUCAAAGAGUUCAAUUUCAACCUUGGGGAGAUGAAUAAACCUAACAUGAAAACUGAUUAAAAUACAUUUAUGGGUAUUGGGUGGCUCAGGGAACCAGUAGUGGGAUAUGGUUACUGGUCUGAAUUUGACCUAGGUUUGUGGAGACCAAAAUGUGUAAACAUCUCAGAUGUUUGAGUUGUUGGUGGAAUUAGUUGGUGGCCUCUGUCAAAUUCCUAGUGAACAAAUGUCCAUAUCCCUAAAAUCACCACUACAUAUGGCAUUCAUCAGCACUUUCAGUGGCUAUCAUCAGCAGAAGGGCCAAGAGUUGAAACAGCAUAGAGACUGAUGCACUGCCUCCCCUGAAAAUUAAAUCCCUCCCAAAAUGUCUGAGGUUUCUCAUUCAGCAUUGUGGAAUGGCAGUUGAGGCAUCACACUGUCGACUAGUCUUCUGUUUCUCAUUGUCAUUAACCAGGAAGCUUUCAAGAAUGUCAUUUCCUUAAAAAAAGUUUAAAAGCCAAUUUAAAUAGAAAAAAAAGAGACGGUGCUCCCUUUUCUUCUUACAAUGCUAAAUGUUCUCAUUUGUUAGAUACUUACAUUAGAAAAGGAUAUAAAAUGUUAAUUGGACCGUAGGCUUGAAAUCCAACAGUUUAGUGACCACUUUUACAUUUGUCUUUCUGGAUUAUGUACAUGUCUUUGACAUAAAAUUCAGGUAUUUAUUCAAAUAAAAGAUAACCGCUAAAAAUAAUUAAAAAUCUUCUUUUUAAAAAGUAGGUCUCCAAGAUCAGUUAAUGGCAAAACAUGGGGAGGGAAGAGGCAAAGAAAAGAAGUAAAGAAAUUAUGAGAAAAGAAAUAAAGCAAUUAUGUACUGGUUUGUUUGCAAAAAGAAUUUAAAUAUUUCAGUGCCUUUGCCUUUUAAAAAUACCCCUUAAUUUGAUUGAGCUAAUGAAAAAAUAACUUCUUUUUUUAAAAAAAUAACUUAUUACAUAAACUAAAACAACAUAGUCUCUUUGGAUGUUCUCAGAUUCUAAGUGCAUGUCAUCAAAAAAAAAAAAGCAAUAUGUGUCUGGGAAGGUAGUCAAGGCUAAGACCACUUCAAAGCUAUUUGGAUUUCUUUAGUAUGUAGCUAUCAUCAGACUAAAAACAACUAGGUAUGUAUGGACAUCUCCUUUUGCAUUUCAGCCUAUGUAAUGAAUGUUCCAAAUUCCAGCCUUAAGUUUUUUGAUUCUGUAGGUUAAUGAUUUCCUUCAGGAAGAAAUGUGUAUCUUGACUAAAUGGCUUUUCAAAAAUAACUCCUUAUUCGCUUGACUCUAAUGCUUUCAAAAGAGAGAGAAAACUGUGAACUACCACAGAGAUUGAGUUACCUGAAACAAAGAACUCUAGGAGAAAGACAAAAGAUAAAAUAAAUUAGGAAAGAAGCUGGUUUAUAAAAGAACAUUUGCAACAAAAAUUUUCUAAAGAGUUCAUAGCAAGCACUGAUGACCACAGCUGAGUGGGUUUGUUGUCCAGUAUGGCAGAACAUUCUUAUUCUUCUGACUUUUCAUUCAUUAGACUUUGCAAAUAAGCACUUCAUUGUACCAGUGUACUGAUUAUGAUUACUAUUCUGUACUUAGUAAUGCUAAAUUAAAUAAGACCAAAACAUUAAGUGACAGAAAUCCCAGCAAAAUGUCACUUAUAUCAUUGUCUGACAUUUUAAUGGAACAAAGAUAUGUGCAAAAUGGAAAGUUAGAAUAAAGAAAAGUGGCUAUUAUUAACUUCUGGCUGCAGGGACUCUUACUAAGGCAAAACCAAUGGCUCCUAAAAAGAGUCAGUUACCUGUAAAUGGUGAAAAACAAAGAAAUUCAAAAAUGUCAGCUGAAAAGUUCAGCUAUGAAAUUGUAGGGAACUUGAUGCAGAGAGAAUAAAUAAAAUUAGACUACUAUUUAGUAUAAAGAAAAAAUUAUUAAGAUAGGAGCUACAUUUUAUGGAAGUAAUUUGUGAGUAAAGACACAAAAUACUGUGAUGGGUCUUUUAAAAGUUACAAACCUUAUUUUGUUGUUGUUAACUGACCUACCAUAAAUGCUCAAUUUCUAUUAAGGGAUAUUUUAUUUAACUUUUAGGAGAUAGUGAUUUAGCACAAACUAUUUAGCAAUGCAAUCAAUGAUUUCACGUGUUCAAUUUUCAGAACAGGUCAUAUUGGCAAUAUUUUCACUGCUGUGAAUAUUUUACCAUUAUGGUACAACCAUAAAUUGAGGGUGAUUUUCAUGUAUGGCAUAGAAAUCCUUUGUUCUUUGUUAAGCCUGGUAUCUGAGGAAUGAAGAAGCUUUUAAAAUUUAGUGUAAUUUAUCAUAUUUUACUCCAGAACUAUAAAUAUCAUGAGUGUUUAGGAAUGACAGUUCGAAUAUCAUUUCCUGAGAUUUUGUGCAAGACUGAAUGUCAAAAUAAAAAUAGAGUAUUUGAAGUUUUCCCCAAACAGCUACCUAUAUUUAGAUACUAAACUAAUUCUAAGCAGACUCCCCACAUUCCCCAGAAAUAUCCCUGAUCCAGAGAGGGUUUAAACACUGGUUUUUACUAAAAGUAUCUUAUCAGCAUAGACCUACUCCUACUUGGCCAAAUCAUAUAAAGUUAAUUUGACUAGUCCUUUAGAAAUACUAUCAAGUUAAAAAAAACCUAUCAGGUGAUCUUGAAGCUUAGCACAGAGCAAAUAACAUCCGAUUUCUAGCAGUCUUCUAUAUGUUGUUAAUUUUAAAUUAAUUUAGAAAUAGAAUGGGAAAAUGGAUAGAAUCAUAUUUUAAAUUUAAUUAAAACUUGCGGAGUACAUAAAGGAAAAUAAGGCAGUUCUCAGAGUUGAGCCUUUCCAGAAGCAGAUGAAAAUAGCAUCAUUUCAAUACCUUCUCUUUUAUUAUCAUUUGGGAAAAAAACAGUAUAAUUUUUAAAAUGUAGCUUCAAAGUCAAAUAAAUUCAACAAGUAUUUAUUAAGC